AUGUUCAUGAGGGAACAUGCCGUCAAAGAAGGUAUCAAAGGAAAUCCGCUUCCACCGCAGUUUUUCUACAACGAGGAAUAUUUAGGUAAUUUUGUCGAUUUUGAAGAGGCCGUUGAGGAUGACCGUAUCCACGAAUUCCUUCGGCUGACGCCGCCUAAGUGCAAAGAAAACGCUGAAGACAAGGAGAAUCACGUCGACAAGGGCAUCAGAGCCGGAGGAGAGCAAUGA